GGGUUUCGGUUUUCUUCCCUCGGUCCUUCUCCUCCAUGCUCGGUCGCCUCUCUCUGCACCCCCAAAAGCCUCCCGCACCCCCAGCCUUCCCUGUGCACCCCCAAACCUCCCCGCACCCCCAGACUUCUCUCUGCACCCCCAAAACCUUCCUGCACCCCCAGACGACGACCCCCUGCUCAUUUUGGGGGUGCUGAUGGCGCAGGGCGGGGGGCCCCUGCGCCUCAAGGCCUGGAUGGUGGCUCAGAUCGACAGCGGCCGCUACCCGGGUCUGCGCUGGGAGGAGGAGGAGGAGGAGGAGGAGGAGGAAGGCGGGGGUCGCCAAGGAAACAAGACCCUAUUCCGUCUCCCUUGGAAACACGCCGCCAAGCAGGGCUAUCGGGUCCAGCAGGAUGCUGCCCUUUUCAGGGCCUGGGCCAUCUACAAGGGCAAAUACCGGGAAGGGGCGGAUAAAGCGGAUCCGUCCACCUGGAAGACGCGUCUCCGCUGCGCCCUCAACAAGAGUGCGGAUUUCCAGGAGGUCCCGGAGAGGAGCCAGCUGGACAUCCCCGACCCCUACAAGGUCUAUCAGAUCGUCUCCGCCGCCCCCCACACUGCGGAGCCGACGAGGGGCGGCCACCCCAAGACCCUCCAUCCGCAAACCACUGAGGUGAAAGAGGACGGGAAAAGUGCGGGGGUCUCUCAACGCGCCUCUGUCCGGCCGGACGCCUUCGCCCCCAGCCCGGCCGCUGACCACGGGUAUCAGCUAAAAGAUGUCUUCAACGGCUGGAGUGCAGUCCCCAGCCCCCUGCCGCACAGGAGCCCAGAAACUUCUCUUCUCAGCCCCAGUGAAGAUAUCGGUAAUUCUGACUGCUGGCUUCACGUUCGCCUCUUCUACCGCAACGUGCUGGCGCGGGAGUGGACGACGCGGACGGCCGAGGGCUGCCGGCUGGCCUCCCGGCCCGAGCCCCCCGCCGACCGCCGGCUCUUCGGCCCGGCCCGGCUGGACCAGGUGGCGUUCCCCCCGCCGCCCCGGCCGCUGGCGGCCCUCCUGGGGAGGCUCCUGCCCCGCUUGGAGGGGGGCGUCCUGCUCUGGGUGGCCCCCGAGGGCGUCUUCGCCAAGCGCCAGUGCCAGGGGCGCGUCUACUGCGAGGGCCCGCUCGCCCCGGACCGCCGGCGCCCCAACAAGCUCGAGCGCGACAGGACCUACAAGCUGCUCGACACCCACGGCUUUCUGGAAGAGCUGAGGGGCUUCCUGAGGAGGGGGGAGCCGACCCCCCGCUACCGGAUCCGCCUGUGCUUCGGAGAGGAGUUCCCCACGCCCCCCGGACAGGACCCCAACAAGCUCAUUAUGGCCCACGUGGAGCCAGUGUUUGCCCGAGAGCUGGUCCUCCGCGCCCAGAGGCUCAGGCCGCCCACCGCUGACCCCGAGGGCGGCCCCCACCCCUGAAUCAUGGGGGGACCCCCCUCCCGCCCCCAAAAUAAAGGCUGU